CUGUUUUAGUGGUUAUUUGAUAACUGAUAGAACACUCAUAUUGUACCAUAUUGUAUAAUUAAUCACAUUUACCAAAAAUACCAAAAAUGAAGGCCUAGUUCGUACGAAAAAAUAUACAAAUAUAUUUCUGUCGGUAACGAUAUCACUUUACGGCAUCCGCUGUUGUCAAGCUGAGCAUUCUGGACAGCAAAACAGAUAUUGCACGUUGCGGUCAGGCAAUGCGUUUUGGACUUGCCGACGGUCUGCAAAGUGGAACUUUGAAAGCCGUUGUUGUGACAGUGCUUCUCAGUGGGUUGAUGCUCCCCGUGCUGAGGACUGUGGGAUUGCGGGCGUUCUCCAUGGCAUCAGAAACCUACUCGUCAGGCACUCACUCCGCAGCCUUCGUCACGUGUCCCAAUGACACCGUGGCCAAAGAGCUGGCCCGUGGCAUUGUGGAGAAGAAGUUAGCUGCCUGUGUCAACAUAGUGCCCAAGAUCACGUCAGUAUAUGAAUGGCAGGGGAAGAUCCAGGAGGACAGCGAAGUGUUACUGAUGAUUAAGACAAGGACUUCCAAAGUUACAGAACUCGCAGAGUAUGUGAGGUCCAACCACCCAUAUGAAGUGGCUGAGGUCAUCAGUCUGCCGAUCGACCAAGGAAACCCUCCUUACCUGAAGUGGAUCGGUGAAGUUGUGCCUGAAUGAAGUGCCUGUCUCAACAAGUACACUAGAAGAAAAAAAGAAAUCAACCUACGCGGUUGAAAAGAACUCUUUGACAUAAAUGGCAGUGGUUGUGCUGCAUUUUUUUUUCACUCAUUUUAUGUUUGACUGAAGACUGAUAUCAAAUAACUGGCCCUUAUUUUGAUUGAUCUGCAGAUGGAUUCCCUCAUGCAAAUCUGGAUUGUAGGCAAUAAACCAUCAUGAACCCAUA